AUGGCUGCCAACAGUUACUACUAUGGCGGCAAUCAGCAGCCUCCAAACCACCCUACAGCCCCUUACUACGACAGUACGCACGCGCCGUCAGAUUCAGAGCUUCCGCAAGCCUACAACUCUGGCUAUUCGGAUGCUCACUAUGGGAGCCCAUAUGGCGCUCCGAACCACCAGCCCCAAACAGGUGCGUCGCCGUUUGAUACCGUAUUCGACGAUCACGCAUACCCAACGAAUUCGAACUCAGGGCCGGGCGGCGCGAGCAGCAGCGACAUCUCUCAGCAGGGAUUCUACCACCAGGACACGGGCUACUAUGGCUCAAGGACGGAGAAUAUCCCGUUGCAGGACCACACGAGCAAGUCUCCCGAGGCUACUGACCACAUUUACGACGCGCCGGCUGGACAGUCAAAUCAGAGGCGUGACAAGAGAGGCAAGGUUCGGGUAGGCGAGCUGGGCAUGUUUGGUUCCAAUAGGAAGCGCAUCCCCUGGUUGGUCUACAUCUUCUCGAUUGCGCAAGUUGGCGUCUUCAUCGCCGAGAUUGUGCGGAAUGGUCUUUUGACAGGCUCUCCCAUCAUGAUCAAGCCCCAGUUCAACCCAAUGAUCGGGCCGUCGACACAGGUCCUCAUCAACAUGGGCGCCCGUUUCCCGCCUUGUAUGCACAAUAUCAAGGAAGUCCAAGGCUCCACGAUCCCCGUGCUGUUCCUCUGCCCAAACGCCACCAAGACUACGCAAUUCUGCCCACUCUCGGAACUGUGCGGCUUCGGCGGUGACGUCCCGAAUCCUCUUUUCGAUGGCAACGAGCACCAGUCCCCGAGUCCCAAUCAGUGGUGGCGCUUCAUCAUUCCGAUUUUCAUGCACGCCGGGCUUAUUCAUAUCGGCUUCAACCUUCUUAUGCAACUCACCAUCGGCAAAGAAAUGGAGAUGGCAAUUGGGUCGAUUCGAUUUUUCCUCGUAUAUAUGAGCGCCGGCAUCUUUGGUUUCGUCAUGGGAGGAAAUUAUGCCGCCCCCGGUAUUGCUUCUACUGGAGCGUCUGGCUCUCUUUUCGGAAUUAUUGCUCUUACUCUGCUCGACCUUUUAUAUUCGUGGAAGGAGCGACGAAGCCCGGUCAAGGAUCUGCUGUUCAUUAUCAUCGACAUGGUUAUAUCUUUUGUUCUCGGGUUGCUGCCUGGUCUCGACAACUUUUCUCACAUUGGAGGGUUCUUGAUGGGCCUUGUCUUGGCCGUGCCUGGUGCGGCGGAGCCGGGCUCUGUUCCCUUUUACAAAAACCCAGUUGGCUUUUUUAAGGGACGGAAACCUUUGUGGUGGGUCUGGUGGCUUGUUCGAGCGGCCGCUCUUGUGGUUAUCAUCGUCGUCUUUGUUGUUUUGAUCAACAACUUUUACAAGGUUGGCAAUACUUGCAGCUGGUGCAAGUAUCUUAGUUGUCUCCCUGUCAAUGGAUGGUGCGAUCUCGGAACCAUCAAGGUACAGUAA